CAAAUCUGAAAAUGAUCCUGGGGGUUGAAAUCUGAAGAACACACAACAGAAAGAUGGGAUGGUGCUGAGCCCUUGGUGAUAUUAUUCAGCUACUGUACUGGAAAGCCCUAGACUAGUUACUCUACCUUCAAAUAUAUCUCAUAGCAGAAUGGGAGACUUGACUGAAGUUAAAUCUUUGGACAUUGAGCCCAUCUAUUUCUUCGAUCAGAUGAAACCAAAAAGAAAGAAAUGGAAAAAGAGAGAGUGUGAAGACCAUUUCCUCUAUUUGAGACACACCUCAGGAGCUACUUAUAGCCAUACAGAGAGUAUACUUUCUAAAGAACUAAAGGAAAAAAGACUAACUACGGUAGCUGAAGCUGAGAAGCAAGAUGCGUUCUACUCAUUUGACAUCUCAACAACUCCUACUGUUGCCCAGUUUUCUCCCCCAUUAUCCAAGACACACCUGCAAAAGGAUCUAUUUGAGGAAUAUAAACUCAUUGCUUCUGAAAUACUGCAUGAACUUGGGGAGGUACUGCAGAAGUAUGCAGAGUAUCACAUUAUUUACCCUGAGGGAAUUGUAAAUCUUAUGAAUUACAGUUGGCAUGAUCUUAUUGAAGGUGCUUCUAAGUGUGCAUCCAAAAGUUCAGGCUUGAAGAAAAACACUGCCUUGCAAAGAGAUCCCAGUUCCGUGACCCAAAUCAGCAGCUUUUCGAGAGAGGAAUAUCAUAAGGAAAAGCAUCUUGUGAAAGCAAAAAAAGACCAUGAUACUUCAUCUGCUCUUGUCGACCAAAACCAAAAUGCCCACAUACCCCAGGAUAACAAUUUACCUGUUGUCAUCCACUUCUCGCUGUUAUCCAAGAUCUGUUUAGAAAAUGGUUGGAUCUUUCAAUAUCCUGACUCAAAAUUGGAAAUUCUGAAAUGGAAGACAAUCCUCAGUACUGCUGUGAUGAGACUACAAGAAGCCACCAUUCAAAUCCCAAUAAUAUCAAUGAUGUUUAAUCGAGAUGGUGGCAUGGUGAUCAGCAAAAAAGGAGACAUCAUAAGGGAAUGGAUGUGGCCUUCGAAGGGAAAACUUGAUGAUCCAGUUGACGUUUGGGUGAACAAGUUCAUUACAGUGGAGAUUUCUGGGCGCUUUGCAAUCACCUUGGUCUACAGAUGGCAUCCCCAAAGCCUAAAGCUAUCUCUGGCACCUGUAAAAUGCAAGUUUUUUCCUCCGUGCUUACCUAAGGUGCCAUUCCCUGAUGUCAGUCCCAUCUCCACAGAAGCCAGAGAGUUAUUCAAGGCCUAUAAAUGCAAGCAUCUGAAACCCACAACACAGGACAAAGAUCCUUCAAGUUUAACAGACACAAUGAAAAUAGCUACAUUUGAUCCUAUAAUGGACAUAAGCCCUUUCUCUGACAUCCCAACAGUUAUUAAAUUAAGAAGACUACAGAAGAAGGUCAAGCACAUCCUAUUUCACUGGCUGGAUUACUACAGAUUUACAUUGGGAAUAGACUCCAUGCACAUUGGCAAAAUGCCCAAGCUUCCAGAAAAAGGGAUCAGGAAACAAAAAGUCUCAUCAGCAAGAUUUCCUCUGAAACAAAGUGCAGAGGAAAAAGAUGAGAGUAAAGAGUACCUUCGAUACCGGAACACCUUCCUAAAACUGAAAGGUGUCUUUAAGCCUGUGCCUCUCUUUCGCACCCAGAAGACCCCAGGCAGCAAUCCGUCCUUCAGGCUUCCUCCUCCUCCCAUUAAGAACAAGGAUGCAUGGUUUGAUCCUCGGCUGCUCUGUCCUGUGGUCCUCAGGAGGAUAUUGUGUGGGCAGGAAGGGGGCACAUGCCAGUGUAGCACUUACAGCGUCCCUGAAGUGACAGACCUAGAGUAUGAUCACCUUAUAAGCCACCGGCUGUCCUCCACGGAUCAGCUCAUUGUAGUCCACGUGUUCUCAGCUAGCAACGUGGACAAGACUACAAAAGAAAUGGCCAAAGUGUACAGAAAACUGAACAGAUGUAAAAGCAUGCCUUGCCUUCAGAGUUGUUCAGAUUCAUUUCGAUUGCUCAAAUAUGACAUCACCUCUGCAUGUAAAUUUACUGGGGGCAGUUGUCCACUUCUGGUUCAAAGGCACAAUGUCAUUCCAGGAAUAUUUUUGAUGUAUGUUCGUGGAAAAUUAGUAUUUGCCAACUUUAUUUUCAAUGGUUAUAGCACAUCUGCUAAAGACCUUCAAAAGCAAAUUGUGAAGACAAAGAGUGAUUAUCAUACAGGAUAUUUCCUACCCAAUGACUUCAGGAUCCGGUAGAGUGAUACACAUUCUCUACCUUAUCUUGUACUUUUCAUUAGUAAAUCCCAGAAAAGGGCCAA